GCCCCCGCUCCUUCCCUCGCAUCCACCUGCUCUGGCAUUCCGCCCUGCUGCCGACGCUGCCUCCUGCCGCGGGCGGGAACUGGGCGCGCUUCCCUCGCCGGCGGCGAGCCGCAAAAAGACCGCGAAAGGGGCCGCGAGCCGCCGUCCCGGGCAGCUGCCGGGACAGGGAUCGGGACUGGAAUUCGUGAAAGAGACAGAGAGAAGCUGUUUCAGCUGUAGGUUCCAGCAACAUGGAGAAUGAUAUCAGCUUGAAGUUCCAUCAGCAGCUUUUCCUUAUUAGUGAAAAUCUGGUGACUGAAGAUGUAGCAGCUUUAAAAUUUCUUUGUACUGACUUGCUCCACCUCAGUAAACUAGAAGGUGUGAAGUCAGCAGCAGACAUCUUCAAGCUCCUUAUGGCUCAAGAAUAUCUGAAUGUAGAAGACACUUUCAUACUAGCUGAACUCUUAUACAGAAUUAAAUGUCACUCCUUGCUUGAGAAACUUGGUUACACCAAGGAGAAAGUACAAGAACGUCUGAGUGAGAAGGGAAGAAUAUCUCCAUACAGGCAGAUGCUGUAUGAAUUGUCAGAGAACAUCACCAGUGUGAUGUUGAAGGAAAUCACAUUUCUCCUGAGAGACCAUCUUCCAAAGCGAUGCAUGAUUCUUUCUGCUUUGGAUUUGCUGACUUUAUUGGAAAAGCAGAGCCUUUUAACUAAAGACAAUGUAAAGAUACUGGAGGAUGUCUUUAUGACCAUUUCACCUGAUCUCCUGGAGACAAUAGACCUCUACAAAAAGGGAAAAGAUAACAAGGCUGCUAAUUUUACACAAGGCUUCCCUGAAGUAAACCUGGAGCUGCGUGGAGAAUUCAGCAAUGUAGAAAAUGAAUCCAAGACUAUGAAAAGCUACAAAAUGGAUGGGCCACACAGAGGAUUUUGUCUCAUUAUUAAUAAUGUUAACUUCAAUAGUUCUCAGAGGAAGGGUUCUUGCAAAGAUGCUGAGCAACUGGAGAGAGUAUUCACCUGGCUUGGUCUGGAUGUGAGGACUUAUACAGAUCUGACGUCUCGAGAGAUUAUCAAUCUCAUGGAAACUUGGCAGCGUGUGCCAGAUCACAAAGACAGGAACUGUUUUAUAUGUUGUAUUCUAUCUCAUGGAAAGUCAGGAGCAAUCUAUGGGACAGAUGAAAAACUUGUGUCAAUCCGUGUGCUUACAUCCCACUUCACUGCCAAACAAUGUCCCCAGCUGGCUGCAAAACCCAAACUCUUCUUUAUCCAAGCAUGCCAGGGUGACAAGAUACAGUGUCCUGUCUAUGUUGUUACUGAUGGACCAACUCCUGACUUGUCUUCCAUGCAAGAGAGAGUUUUUCUUUCUGAAAGCAUUCCUGAAGAGGCUGAUUUCCUCCUAGGCAUGGCCACAGUUGAUGGCUAUGUCUCUUUCCGGCACAUGGAAGAGGGCAGUUGGUAUAUUCAGGCCCUCUGCAGCAAGCUACAAUUGUUGGUACCAAGGGGUGAAGAUAUUUUGUCAAUUCUUACAGAAGUUAACGAAGAUGUGGCCAGACGUGAUAGCCCUUCAGGGACAAAGAAGCAAAUGCCCCAACCAGCAUAUACCUUAAGAAAGAAAUUUAUAUUCCCAAUACCUAUGGACCCUCCUCCUUCAGAGCAAUAUCAGUGCUUUUAAUAAACAAAAUUUUAUCAUCU